AAAUUUAUGGAUUAUCUCCAAAAAUGUUUGAUGGGUGGGAUAUAUUACAAGAGAAAUUAGAGUAUUUUUCUAUGCGAAAGUGUUUAAUUGACGAUAUUUCAGAAAUAUUUAUUGAUGCAGUGGUUGAUGGCUUGAAAAGGAGAAAAGGAAAGGACGUUAAAACCGACGAGAAUGAAGAUAAAAAGGAGGAGGCAGACCAAAUGACCAAGAAAUCUAAAGAUAUAGAC